AUGGUAGACCUAGCUGACAAGGCCGAUGACCUUCUAACAAUUUUUGAUGCUAGUGACGUGGACACCAAACUCAAUACAUUUAAUGAUACUCUACAGUCCGUUCUAGACAUCCAUGCUCCCAUGAAAUCCAUCAAGAUUUUAAGCAGACCCCGUCGUUUUGUCAGCAAGGAUAUCAAGGAUCUCAUGAAAUCUAG